GGCGAUGACCUCCGCAUGCGCAAAGGCAGAUUACAACUAGAGCAGCGCUUGAGCUCACAUACAGCCUGUUGUUAGGAAAAGUGUCACAGAAAAUGGGGAGUACAAUAAUUAAUCAGAGGGUACAUAUUGGACUGCAGCAGCUCACAGCUUUGGGGACUGUCGCACAUUCCUUUCUGGGCCCCAACAAGAAGUACAAGUUUAUUCAAGACGAGUCUACUGGGGAGUGUUUCUUGGUGUGCACAUGCUUCAGUGUCAUGGGGCACUUAGAACUGGACUGCUCCAUAGGUCAAUUGGCUAAUGAGACAAUCCAAGCUCACCAGAAAGUCUUCCGCUCAGGCACAUGUUGCCUGCUGUUUUUGGCUGGGGUCUGGAGUAGGGCUGCUCUGGAGUGUCUCCACAGAGGCAUUUCAAUCCCAGAUAUUAAGUCUGCCAUGUUGGAAGGGCUGGACAUGUGUACGGACGUCUGCAGGUCAAACAGUGUGUCUAUAGCAGAUGCCGGACUGAUUGUUUCUGCUAGUGACACGUCAGGGACGUCAGGGUCCCCACGCACAAUGUUACGGAGACCAGCACUGAUCCGUAGCCAAGGGUCCCUUGGCAACGAGAAACACAGCCGAAUAAAACUCAGUCAUAGUAGACAUUUUCGUGAAAUUGAUAAAGACGCUGAAGCCACGCCUCAGUCAUUUUCCCAGGCGGUGAAUUCUGAAGUGGUUGAUAUUCCUCGGAUCGCAGAAGCCUUGAGCCAUGGAUGUGCAGAGGCAAUGAGCUUAGUGGUGAAGGCCUGCAGGUUACAGUCGAAGUACGGUGGAAGAGGUGACAGUUGUAGAACUUUUGACGUCAACAAGCUGGUAACUUGCCCUCUACCAGGCCUGUCAGAGGCCCAUCAGAGUGUUCUACCUGGCUGUGUAGUUCUGCUGUCUGCUGAGCAGGCUGCCCUCGUUCAUCGCAUGAAAGAAAAGAGCUGCCAAGCUGUUCUGAUCGACGGGGACCUCAGCGAAAAAUAUCGCCAUCUUGGUUUCAAUAAGCAGACCGACAUUCGGUAUGUGACCGGCAUGUCGGACUGUAAGGGCCUCCGUGAAAGCGACGCUUGGGAAGACCGAGUUUUAACAAUCCUACUGAAUAACAGUGUCAGUCUGGUUGUAGUCAGCGGCGAGGCAAGUGAAGGAUUUGCCCAGUGCUGCAUGAGACACUGCAUACUUGUGGUGGAGAGGGUGAGGCCGACCGUUUUGAAGGACUUGGCGGAAGCCACCGGAGCUGUGCUGGUCACCUAUGCCACCCAACUGAGUAAGCACUGUGUUGGUGCCGGAGUGAAAGUCUCCAUAUGGAAAGACUGUAGUGGCAGUGGGAGGAGAUUAUCGACGGCUGUGAACAUCGUUGCCGACGGGUCCAGACUGGUAACCGUGGUCCUCACCAGUUCUAUACAGGGCAAGCUGCAGGCUUUGGAAGACCAGUUCUGGGCCUGUGCUUUUCGUCUACACCACGCGCUGAAAGACCAGAAGCUGCUCCCUGGGGGCGGAAUGACUGAAUUGCUCUGUGUCCAUCACCUUCAAAAUCACAUUGAAGGAAAUGGUUGUCAGACAAAUGGCAAAGGUGGACUGUCUGUCCCACUAGACAAACAAGCAACAGGGGGAAACAUGAACAGGGAUUAUGUGCUUUGCGUCAUGGCAGAUGGCUGGACGGACUACAUUUCCACUCUGAUGUUAAACAGCGGAACGCGCUCAAAAGUUGAAGCCUGGACUACAAUCAACCAGCAGCUGAGGUAUCUAAAAGGAGGAUUGUCUUUAGAUGUUGUUUUCUCAAGAAUGCUGUCCAGAGAUGACACUGAGAGUGGUGUGGUUAACCCCGAUAUGAGUCAGAGUGCAGAGAAGGUCUAUGACAAUGUGACAGUGAAGUUGGAAGCUUGGAGAAAAGCCCUGGAUCUUGUCUUCCUUGUGUUACAGACAGAUAUUGAGAUAAUUACUGGCAUUGAUCCGGCACAGGUGGAGAGUAAAUCAAAUGUUGUGGUGCUUUGAGGUUUUGUGUACUAUUUGUAUGUAUUGGAAAUAUUAUUCAUCCAAAUAUGAGAAAAUAAAACGGGUGCAAUUUCA